UUUCUUUUAAAGAACAAUUUUUAUAAUGAAUUUUCUUUAGUCUACUAUACCGAAUAUAGCUAUUAUGUCUCACUUUGCAGGUAAAAUAAUAAUGUUUUAAUUUUCAUUGAAAUGACGUUAUUAGACCAUAAACAGUUCUAACACAAAUGAUUUUUAUGCACAAUUUGAUAUCUUUUUGGCAGAGUAAAUUGCAAGAGCCAAUCGCUAUUGCACAAUGAAUGCUUAUCAUUUUACUCUGUAUACCAGCUUUUGAAUUGUUUGUUGACUUUUCAGGAACUAACUGCAUUUUUUAUUUGUUUGCUGAUGAGCAACAGAAUAUCUGACUUUUAGCAAACUAUUAUUUUAUUCUUCUUUUUUAGAUAGAAAUAAAAAUUCCAUAAAUUAAUCAAAGACAUUUUCUGUUUUUGUUGCUGUGUUAUCACAUAUUAUAAAUGGUGAAGAAAAUCUGUUACCUACUCCUCUGGGACAUUAUUAAGUCAACUACUCAUAGACUGAAAAAGAGGCCCUAAUAAAAUAUUUUUCUUACAAGAAAUUUCACCAGUAUCUGUUUGGAAGAAACUUUAAAUUAUAAACUAACUAUCAAUGUUUGGUUACUAUAUUUUAUUAUAUAUAUAUAUAUAUAUUCCCUUUUCUGCACUAAACAUGACUGCUGUUCGCUUAUGUUAUCAUUAUCCAAUAUUAAACAUUUAUACGUUACUAUAGUUCACCCUAACCGUCAGUGAUGUGUGCAGUCAACAGAGCAAUCUACUGACACAAUAAAAGGACAAUUUAUGGUUGUUCUUUUAACUUUUUUGUUCAUUGACUUCUUUUUUAUUUGUGUGCAAUGAAAUUUUAUUUGUGCGCAUUUUACUUUGUCUUGAAUUUUUUUCUCACAACUAUAUUUUAAAACAAGUUCGAUGUGUUUAAUAAUAAAGAAUUUUCCCCAAGACCUAGUUUAUAAUCUGUUUUGAGAACAGAACACAUUUUAUUUUUUUUUAUUAGUAGAGACUAAAAAAUUUACCAGUUUAGAAGCACCCUGAGCUAUUAUUCUGUUAACAAUACUCCGUCACAGAUAAUCACAGAUUAACUAAUGAAAGUUAUAGAAGAAAGUAAUUGUAUUUUUCUCCAUGCACUAUGAUAUACAGAAUUUCAGAACAGAAUUGCUGAGAAUAGCUUGCGCGGAAAGAAUUUGUGGUAUAACCUUUACGCAGGACAGGAUAAGUCUGCUACUGUACAACGAUUAAAAUGCUCAAAAUUCGGAUGAAAUUUUGUUUUCAUUGAAUUCAACUAUAUGCUUUAGAUUUUCCGGCUUUUACUAGCUCUUGUAGUUAUUGGUUGCAUUCCUAAAGAUGCAGUGCAGGUCUGUUAUAUAGUAUAGAAGAUCGUUCUGGCAGCGGUAUUUGUAUUAGGACCCCCCCCCACACACACACACACUUUGUGACUACAAUAAAGCACCGCAACCCUGAUACUUACUCUGUCUUUAGGAGUGAGUUAAUUGCGAUUAAUGUAAGGCUUGAUGCUAUCAUAUGAUCGUAAUUUUGGGGAAUUAUGGAUUUUAUUGGACUAUUGCAGUGCACUACAAUAUCUUAGUGGCUGGUAUUUUGCAAAUGAUGAAACUAGCUUAUCUAUUCCGAAGAUCUCUCUGAACCACGAACGUCCACCUCCAAUGGAUCCCAUUACACGUAAACAUUAGUGGUAAUGAGGUCGCUGAUAGAUUUGCCAAAGAGAGUAGUGAGAAUGAAAUGGCCACUAGCUCUUCGCUUACUUAUCAAGAACUAUGCUCAAAUGAAAGAUCUAAACUCAAUUUAAUAUGGCGCAUUCCACCUGCGCAUCAAUGGUACACGGGAACAUCCCCUGGCACUCUGUUGGAAAUCAAAUAUGACGUGGCUGCAAGACUACUGGCUAGACUAAAAAGUGGCCACGUUAAAUAUCUUUCCUUUGAAAGUGGUAGAAAAAUCCAUCCCACUUGUAAAAAAUGCCGUGACCAUCCAGCUUCACCGGAUCACAUUCUGUGGUGAGGGUUUCUUAGGGAGACUUAACAUCCAAUCCCCUUAUUACUAUAAAUUUUUCGGCGGUCAGUAACCUACUAGAGCUGAUCUAACAUAUGUCAGAUCUUUUGAGGAAAGCAACAACAACACAAAAACAGGAGUUUUCGGCUUUGACAAUAUUAAUUAUUUUUAAUACAAUGACGAACUAGAGUUGUCACGAGCUUUUAAUGACCAGUUGCGUAGUGGCGAGCUAUAAUUGUUAUGCAAUUAAACCUAUGCGGGGCAUGUUUAAAUAUGCAUAAAAUUUGCGCAAUAUCGAAAUGGUAAAAAGAAAAAAAAAAAAAAAAACAUUUCCCCGUAACUUUUUAUAUUAACUGAAAUGCAGUGGGCGUUUUAUUGAAGAAAAAACAACAACUUCAGAAUUAAAUAGAAGUGGCUAGAGCUUAAGUAAUAAUAGUUUGCCAUAACCAACCAACGUCUUUGACAACAUUGAAAUAUACUAUCGAAGAUCUUGCCUCUCACUAAUGCAAAAUUUGUUAAGCACUGUGAAAUAUAUGGUUUCAGAUCUGACAGAAUGCCGCUACAUUUCUAUAGUUACAACUAGAUUUGAUCAUGACAUUAAAUUAUAAACAGCUUACCAAAUACUGUAUAUCUUAUACUAUAGUAUAUCACAUCUCUUCACUAUUUGCCAUGUUGUCUGAUGGCAUUAAUUUUUCUUUAUUCUAUUUUCACUUGCGAUUUAUGGGUUUUGAAAAUGUUUCUUGAUUUUUCAGCCAUCUUCGAUUUGAUUAUUUCUUGUAUAUCUUCAUGAUUUUCGAAUAAUAACGUUCAAUUAUCUUUUCUUAACGACUCAAAUCUAGAAAAGAGAAAGCGGUUUUAUUAUUUAUUACAGCAGGUUUAUUAUUUAUUACAGCUUUUUGCUAAAUCAGAACAUAACUAAUUUGAAAAUAAAUUCUCUUAGUGUGUAGAAAUAUGCUUCUGAGAAGAAAAUCUCACCAAAUAUUUAAUGUUGGCAAAUAUUCUUUACAAAAUGAUUUAUGAAACGUUCUUUAGAUUUUUUAUUUGCGGAGAUGGGAUCUUUCAAAUUUGGAGUAUUCUUUUCUAAUAAUCGUGUUUAUGGGAUUCAAUCUUAUUCCUUGUAAGCGCUGUGUGUCUUUUUUUUUAAUCAUUUUGAUUUGUUCAAUGAUUUUCGGUGACUUUAAAUGUGUAUUCAUAAAUUAUUUUAUAUUUUUUAGAUUUGCAUGUUGACAAACUUCAUGAUGGUGAUAUUUCAAAAUAUGUCCUGCUUGUGAUAAUGACUGCAAAGGCACUGCAUCAUGCCAACAAUUAUGAAAGGGCGGGGCCAUUGAUCUAGGCUGCAAUAUACGAUAUAUUUUGAAUGAAAUUAGGCGCCACUACAUAGAAAAAAAAUUUUUUUUUUCAGUAGGGGUAAUUACAAGGUUAAUGAAGUAAGAGAAAAGGAUUAGUACUUCCUUGUUCUUGCAGAGGGGUAAUUACAAGGUUAAUGAAAUAAGAGAAAAGGAUUAGUACUUCCUUGUUCUUGCAGAUCAAGCUUCCAGUCAGACCGAGAUUUUUGAAAGCUUCAUUCCAUUUGAAAUCACCCAUUAAUAGGGAGGCGAAAAAAUUUUUAACAUGACUUUUUCAGUGUAAAGAUUUGGACAUGGUGAUGGCAUUUCAAAGUUUGUCCUGCUGCAAAGACAUUGCAUCUUCCCAGUGGAAACUGAUAUCCAUGAUGAAGGCAAGGCUACACCACUAGGUUGAAAUAUUGGAUACAUUUUGAAUGAAAUUCCAUCUUCAUGAAAUGAAACAGAAAGUAAUAUCUACAGCUCUAUGUGUUUACAGUUUUUGAGCUCCUUUAGAUAUUUUGUUCAUUAAUUUAUCUGUGUAUACAAGUGACACCUUAUACACAGGAUUGGUAAAGAAAAGCAUAUUCUCUUCGAACAAAUUCAGCGACUUUUUUAUUUUUUCAUUCAUAUGAAGAGAAACUUCACAUGUGUGUUAUUUGGAGCAAGAGACUUAUUUACUAACGAUUAAAAUACCGUUUGCAAAUUGAAGAUAAAAAUUAGUACUCUAAUUAACUUCGAAGUUGUUUCCAAGAUCAAUGGCUUGAAAAAAGCAUUUUGUUAUUAAUACGAAGAAGAAGCUGAACAUUGUGGAGCAUUUUUUCAAUUAAAACGUUUCUUAAACACACACAAAAAAGAAACAGUGUCCAUAUGGUAUGAGCAGUAAAACUUUUUUCUGCUAUAAUAUUUAAAAUUCCGCACUGAAGUAAAAACAUUUACUUGUGACAAUUGCAAUAAAUAAUUUGUUUUGUAAUAUUAUUUAAAGGCCAAUUUACUGAUGCUUUCGAAAGACAAAUCGUUUGUGUGUCGCAUAUAUGAUAAAGCGUUUCCUCGGCAGUAGAAUUUGAAACAGGUUUACGAAGACAUACGAAAGAAGAUGGAUGUAUACGAGAUAAAUAAUUUCCAUAUUACUUGUAUGAUAAACCGUUUUCUCAGCUGUAGCAUUUAAAAGCGCUUAUACGGACGCAUAUAAAAGAAGACGGAUGCAUACUAGAUAAAUAAUUUCCAUAUUACUUAUAUGAUAAAGUGUUUUCUCAGCUGCAUCAUUUAAAAGCACCUAUACAGACGCAUAAGAGAACACUCUUUGCAUAUCGCCUAUGUAUUAAAACUGUCUCUCAAGCUGUGUAAUUUGAAAAGAGAUUUACAAAUGCAUUCAAAAGAGAAACCGUAUGUCUGUAUACCGCGCGGUAAAACAAUUUUUUUACUGGAAAAUUUAAAGACACAAGUAUCUACAGAAAACAAUCACAAACCAUUUGUUUGUAAUGUAUGUAAAAGGAAAUUUGCUCAGGAAAGUCAGCUAAAGACACAUACAUGUUCGCUUACGGAAGAAAGUCAUGUCUGUCACGUUUGCAAUACAAAAUUUUCGACGACAGAGCUUCUAGCAAGUCACUUAUGUGUAAAUGCGAAAGAGAAAAACUUUGCCUGCGAUGUGUGUGAAGAAAGGUUCUCUCAGGAGAAUGAGUUGAAGGAUCAUUUAUUAACACAUAGGCAUGAAAAAGUUUGUCAUUCUUGCAAUCAAACCUUUCCCACAUCAGAACUUUUAGAAAGUCAUGUGUGCUCACAUGCGAAAGAGAAACCUAUAGAUUGUGAUUUAAGCAAAAAAAUCGAUUUACUUUUGUUUUCAAAAAAGAAACCAUUUGCAUACGCAUGUGAUGUGUGUAAUAGGAAAUUUGCGUAUCUAAGUAGCUUAAAGGCACAUUUACGUACACAUACCACAGAGAAACCUUUUGCUUGUGACACGUGUAUAGAAGUAUUCUCUCAGGAGAAUGAGCUGAAGGAACAUUUAUGUAUGCAUAAAGAAGAAAAUCCUAUUGCCUGUGAUUUUUGCCUUAAGACAUUUUCCACAGAAGAACUUUUUGACUGUCAUUUGUGCUCAGAUCCAAAAGAGAAACCUGUAGACUGUGAUUUAAACAGUGAACCACGUUUACCUUUGCAAAAUAAGAAAAGAUAUGCAUAUGAAUGUGACGUGUGUAAGACGAAAUUUGCUUAUGUAAGUAGUUUAAAACAGCAUUUACGAUUGCAUACCAAAGAGAAACCAUUCGCUUGUGACAAAUGUAUAGAAAUAUUCUCACAGGAGGAUCAGCUAAAGGAGCAUUUAUUUAUGCAUAAGGAAAAGGAAUCUAAUGUUUGUGAUAUUUGCAAGAAAACUUUUCCCACGGCAGAACUUUUAGAAAGUCAUUUGUGCUCAAAUGAGAAAGAGAGACCUGUAGAUUGUGAUUUAAGUGAUCAAACACACUUACCUACGCCUUCAAGAAAAAAGCCAUUUGCAUAUGAAUGUGACGUGUGUUGGAAGAAAUAUGUUUUUGAAAGUACUUUCAAAACGCAUUUGCUAUCACAUGCUAAAGAUAAACCAUUUGUUUGUGACAAUUGUAUGGAAAUAUUUCCUCAGGAGAAUCAGCUAAAGAAACAUUCAUGUAAAUAUACAGAAGAAAAUUUUAUUGUCUGUGAUUUUUGCCGUAGGACAUUUAUGACAGAAAAACUUUUUGACUGUCAUUUGUGCUCACAUACAAAAAAGAAACCUGUGAGAUGUAAAUUAAGUAGUAAAACAACCCUACCUUUGCAGUCUAACAAGAAACAAUAUGCAUAUGAAUGUGAUGUGUGUAAGAAGAAAUUUAUUUACGAAAGUAGUGUAAAAGCGCAUUUACGGACGCAUAUUAAAGAGAAACCUUUCGCUUGUGACCUGUGUAUAGAAGUAUUCUCCCAGGAGGAUCAGCUAAAGGAACAUUUGUGUACGCAUAAAGAAGAAAAUCCUAUUUCCUGUGAUUUUUGCCUUAAGGCAUUUCCCACAGAAGAACUUUUAAACUGUCACUUGUGCUCAGAUCCAAAAGAGAAACCUGUAGAGUGUGAUUUAAGCAAGAAAAAACACUUACCUUUGUCUUCAAAAAAGAAACCAUAUCCGUGUAAAGUGUGUAAAAAGAAAUUUGCUGAUGUAAAACUAUUGAAAGCGCAUUUACGGACGCAUAAAAAAAAGAAGUUGGUUACUUUUGACAAGUAUGUAGAGGUAUUUUGCGAAGAAACUCAGUUAAAGGAAAAAUUUAUUGUUUGUGAUUAUUGCUAUAAAGCAUUUCCCACAACAGAACUUUUAGAAAGUCAUUUGUGCUCGCAUGCGAAAGAAAUUCCUAUCGAACCCGAUUUAAGCGGUAACACAUACUUACCUAUGCAUGCAAAAAAGAAACCAUAUGCAUGUCCAGUGUGUAAGAAGAAAUUUGGUUAUGAAAGUAAUUUAAAAACUCAUUUACGGAUGCAUAUCAAGGAGAAACCAUUUGCCUGUAAUUUGUGUUUAGAAGUAUUCUCUCAGGUGAGUGAGUUAGAGGCACAUUUAUGUACACAUGCGAAAGAAAACUCCAAUGUUUGUGAUGUUUGCAGUAAAAAAUUUUCCACAGCUGAACUUUUAAAUAGUCAUGUAUGCUCGCGUACGAAAGAAAAAUCCUCGUCCCGUGCCAUUAGCAGUAAACACCUCCCUAUACAAUCGAAAGAGAAAAAGUAUGCAUGUAAGAUAUGUGACAAACAAUUUACUGUGAAAUCUAGAAUGGAAACACAUUUACAGACGCAUGAUAAAAAGGAACCGUUUCCUUGUUAUGUGUGUGAAAAAACAUUUUCGCAAAGGAAACAUUUAAGGAUGCAUAUGCGGACUCACAUGAGUGAGAACUUGUAUGCUUGUGACUUUUGCGUUGAGACCUUCACCUCAGAAGAACUUUUAUUAAGCCAUUUAAGCUUGCAUACGAAAGACAAACAGAUAGCGUCUGGUGUCAGCAGUAGCACGCAAUCACCUAGAAGUUCAAAAGUGGAAGUGCGUGACAAGACAUUUCCGUCUAAAAGUAUUUUAAAAUCGCAUUUAAAAACGCAUGACACGGAGGAAAAACGGUUUCAAUGUUCGGAGGAAAAACGGUUUCAAUGUUAUCUGUGUAAAGAGCAAUUUUCAGAUGAUGGGUGUUUAAGAAUUCAUUUACGGACGCACGGAAAGUGGGAUUUGUAUGCUUGUGUUGCUUGCAAUGAAACAUUUCCCACAUCAGAACUUUUAGAAAAUCAUUUGUGCUCGGAGGAACCUGUAGCAUCUGAUUUUUAUAAUACUAAAACACAGUAUUUAAAAGCGAAGUCAUAUACAUGUAAAGUGUGUAAGAAGAAAUUUCAAUUUGAAUGUAGGUUAAAAGCACAUUUUCCGACGCAUACCAAAGAAAAACGGGUUGCUUGUGAUGUGUGUAAAAAAAUAUUUCAGAAAUGUAAUAUAAAGAUGCAUAAACGGACGCACUUGAAAGAGAAAUCGUUUCCUUGCGAUGUUUGCAGCGAGGCAUUUUCCACAGCAGAACUUUUAGAGAGUCAUUUGUGCUCGCGUACAAAAGAAACACCUAUAGAGGAUGACUCUAGCAGCGAAACAACUUUACUUGCACAUUCAGAAGAUGGGCCACAUGCAGGUGGUUUGUGUGACAAAAAAUUUGCUCAUGAAAAUGCGUCAGAAACGCAUUUGCAGACACAUGCUAUUGAGAACCGGAUUCGUUGCUACGUGUGUGAAAAACCGUGUUCUGACAGUGACAGUUUAUCAAAGCAUUUGCGUACUCACACAGCUGUGAAAUGUUUUGUUUGUGAAAAUUGCAAUCUGUCAUAUACCUCGAUAGAACUUUUUAAAGAACAUUUAUUAACGCAUACGAAAGAAGAAAUUGUAAACUGUGAAUUUAUUCGUGAUUUUCGUAAACCAGGCUUUAAGAACUAAGUCGUGAUGUCACACGCUGUUAGCGCUGCCAUCCAACUUACGUAAACAGUACACUUUGCAGUAAAGAGCUUUGGAAUUCUUUUUUUUAAUAGAUUGGUAUUUUUGAAUGAAAAAGAAAAGGAUCUCAUUAAAGUAGUUUUAUUUUCAACAAAGUAUUAUAAAUCUGAUUGAAAUAAUAUACAGAAGCUAAUUCAGGAAAAACAUAAUAUUGAUUAAAAAAAAUAAGUGAAGGCAUUAAUAAUUGAGAAUUAUUGUUGUUUCAAUUGAAUUUUCAGCUACCCAAACCUCUUUUGUGAUGCACAUUAACAAAAAACAUUUGUUUUGUCUAUUGUAAAUGUUUAUACUUUUUAUUGAAAAUUGAGAUAU